CAUUAGUUUGCAGAAACUGAAACAAGUACUCCCGUUACUUUGCAUCCUUUUUAAUUAAAAAAUUAUUACUCCUAAAAGGCAGUGAAGCAGAGUUGAAGUUGGAGAGAGGCCAAAGCAAAGCUAAUCUUGUUAGUUGUUCCAAACUUCCAACAAGAAAAGAAAAGAAAAGAAAAGAAAAGGAUAGGAGAGGUGAAAGGCGGAAGUUUUCCUUUGUACAAGUAACCUAACACCAUUAUCAUUGUUUUGAUUUUCUUUGAUUUGUACUUUGAUUAAACUGAAGUUCUGUAAUACUAUAUCAAAGAUGAAGAUUACUGUUAUGACUUCUGGUGAGCAGAUCAUCACUUUAGACGUCGACCCUGAUGAAGCUAUCGAAAAUGUCAAAGCUUUGCUUGAAGUCGAGAGUGGGGUGACUCUGCAGCAGCAACAAUUGCUGUACAAUGGCAAGGAGAUGAGGAAUCAUGAAAAGUUGAGUGCACUCGGUGUUUCCGAUGGAGAUUUGAUUAUGAUGCUUUCUAAUGCCAAUUCGCUUUCCAGUCCAUCUUCUAAUGACCUGGGCCUCAAUCCAGAGGGAUCUGCUGUUAACCCUACUGCUUUUCAACAGCACAUUCAGCGUGAUUCUAAUCUGAUGGCUCAGCUAUAUCAGAGUGAUCCGGAAUUGGCACAUGCAAUAUCUGGGAAUGAUCUGAACAAACUUCAGGAUAUUUUGCGGCAACGCCAUCGUCAAAGAGCCGAGUUGAGACAAAGGGAACAGGAGGAGCUGGCAUUGCAUUAUGCGGACCCUUUCGACAUUGAAGCACAAAAGAAAAUUGAAGCAGCCAUUCGUCAGAAAGGAGUUGACGAGAACUGGGCUACUGCUCUUGAAUAUAACCCUGAAGCUUUUGCUAGAGUGGUUAUGUUGUAUGUGGAUAUGGAAGUAAAUGGUGUUCCAUUGAAGGCAUUUGUUGAUAGUGGAGCCCAAUCAACAAUUAUAUCUAAGAGUUGUGCUGAGCGGUGUGGACUGCUGAGGCUGUUAGAUGAACGAUAUAAAGGCAUUGCUCACGGAGUUGGUCAGACGGAGAUAUUGGGUCGGAUACAUGUAGCUCCUAUCAAGAUUGGGAAUGUGUUUUACCCUUGUUCCUUUACAGUCCUAGAUUCAGACAACAUGGAAUUUCUCUUUGGUUUGGAUAUGCUUCGUAAACAUCAGUGCAUAAUUGAUUUGAAGGAGAGUGUAUUAAGAGUUGGUGGGGGAGAGGUUUCCGUGCCAUUUUUGUCUGAAAAGGACAUCCCUUCUCGUUUUCUGGAUGAAGAGAGGUAUUCAAAGCAAGCUUCUGGUUCAGGAGCUCAGGUUUCUUCUGGAAGCAAAGGCAGUAUAGAUGUCCCGACCGGAAGUCAUUUUUCCGGAGGUGCUGGCGGGAACCCUGGUCAGGGUUCUGAUUUUGAUGCCAAAGUUGCAAGGCUUGUUGAGCUAGGAUUUGAAAGGAACGAUGUCAUACAAGCCCUCAAGCUUUUCAAUGGCAAUGAAGAUCAAGCUGCUGGGUUUCUCUUUGGAUGACCGCAAAUCGCCUUUAUUCUGUAUUGGUUUUCUGCAUUCAAAAUUUAAAUCUGCAUUUUUAACUUUCUUUAAAUUUUGCACUUAAUAUACUUAUUUUCACUUUUAAUCUCUAUUUUACUUUAUGAAUUCAGUGAAAUGGAAAAAGUCAUGGGGACCAAGAAAAAGUACAUGUUUAAAUGGCAAAUGGAUUGGUGCUGUAUUUUUUUCUUUUUCUUUUUUUGGUUGAACUUAUCUUAAGGCAUGUUCUCUUUGUCUUAUUUGAAAUUUGAUAUGAGAUUUAAUUUGGUCUGAUUAAGUCUAAUCUGAUCUGAUAUGAAUCUUUCUGAUCGGGUCUGAUUUAGUCUAAUUUGAUCUAAUAUGAAUCUUUCUGAUUUGGUUC